CUCGUGGCCGGAGGCUGGUGACGACGGUUGCCACAGAGCGAAACCGAGACAGAAAAAUGGCGGACCUCAGGAAAAUCUGUCCUGAGUUUGAGCCCUGUCGUGUCAGCUAUUCGCGAAAAACGCCACUUCAAGGGAAGCUUUUCAUCCUUCUUUGCGCUCUUAUUGUGGACUCCGGUGGAGCUACGACACACUGGGUCGUCACAGAGGAUGGGAAAAUCCAACAACAAGUAUGACUGUCAACAUUAGCUCACUGACCUGCUAACGCUAACGUUAGGUGGCGAGUCUGGAGAUGUGUUUAUUAGCGUGAACGAUCACUUAAGGGGAACUGUUUAUUUCAACUAAUCGUAACCUCUUUAUCGGGUUAGGUUGUGUUUUAUACAACGAAAAGGCAAUGUUAAAAUUCGUAUUGUUUUGUCAAGUCUGUUAGCCUAUAGUAGCUACCUUUUAACUGGCGAAAACGAUUGGUUUCCGAGGUCAAGAUGACCAAAGUAUUUCAGGCCCGUGUCAAAAGUCCGUAUCUGAUAAUGCUCGCAUAUAUGUUAGAGGUCAUUAAAAUGUUGCUUAAUGCCGACUGCCACUAACUUACCUCAGACAUGUUGAAGGGACAACUGUUUCUGUUGUAAUGUUAGUCUUUAGUCAUCGAAUUGGCUGAGGCUGCACAUCUGAAUUGAGAGAUAAACAGGCAGCUUUUUCUUAAACACUUAACCGAGUUUUAAUACGCGGUCAUAUCCUGGAGAUUCAUCCACUCAUUAACACUGUUUGUAUUCACUGAGGCUGUAUAGGAAUUUGUCAAUGUACCAGAGUGUUAGUGUUUAACCCACUGUUUGUGUUUCAGGUUGACUCACCAUUAAAUCUGAAGCAUCCGCAUGAUGUUGUGAUCUUCAUGAGACAAGAGACUCGUGUUAACUACCUCAAGAAACUCGAGGUACGUGUCUGUCCACAUACACCAGCCAGCCAUAACUUUAUGAACACCUGAGCAGUAUACUGCAGUCCAGUACAACAACUCCACCUUUACAAAGCGUCUAUGUUGUUUAACUAAUAUGGUCAGACAUUUAAUAUUUGUACUUUACUAUAACACCCUUUAGUACAGGACCACAUUCACCCCCUGUUUCCUACAAUAAACACAAAGUGCAGUAAUCACCUUCUGAUCACAUCAACAAAAACAGAAAAUAUAGGUUCAUAUUAUUGUUGCUGGUCAAUCUUCAUUUAUCGGUCAUCACACUAUGACCACUGCUUAACUCUUCUGCAACAAACUGCAAAGCGCUGUAGGUUGAAGCACCGUUUUUUAUCAGAACCAGCAUGAACUUUGUCUGUAGUUCAAGCUUCACUGGCUCCAACUAGUCAGCCUCUGACCAUGUCUCCACACAAUAUUAUCAUCAGAUCAGGGUGAUCUGCUCCGAUUCUAGGUGUGAAUGUUCAUUUGUGUGCGCUGACAUCUGAUUACUAAGUCCACAUACAAGAGUGAUCAAAGAGGCAGUUGUCUGCAUUGGUCUGGUGGUGUGUGUACUCUCAUGUGUGCAGGGUCACAUUAGGGACCGCCUACUCUCCCCAUAUCUCACUCAGUUCACAUGGAGCCGGGUUUAUGCUAACAGGUAGAACCCUCUGAUAGUGAUGGUGGCUGAAGUGAAAGAAUAAGAUCUGAUCACUGGAAACCUAUGGUAAACAUGUGUGAGUAGUUGCACUUAAGGCUGGUCAUUUUUGUUCUGACCACUAACAACUCCCAUGUUUGUUUAGGAACUGUACAGCCCUUUUGGUUGCGUCAGAGUAGACCACUGCAAACCAGAAACACUCACAAGCGCUGUUGUGUGGGAGACCCAACUGUCCAGCCACUAUAUGGCCUUUGUCUUUUUUUUUCCACACUUGCCCAUUUUUCUUGCUACCAAACAGAAAAACUUUGAAGAAAGAAAAGUUUCAUUUACUGCCUGACAUAUCCACUGACAGGCGCCAGUCAUUACGUUUUAGCUGAUCAGUGUAUGUUCUCAAAAUGUGCUUUAUUGUGGGUCUCAUUCUGUUUAAUCUUGGUAACUGUAAAAGUUUUUGCUUUUAAAUACAUUUUCAUUUAUGCAGAGGAUGGUUGCAGGCACCUUUGUUCAAGUAACAAAAACAUUGUCCUUUACUUUACCUCAUCCUUUUUAUUCUGCUCUGUUUUUCGCUGAUUGUUCGUCCUUGGUCAUUACUGAGCAGAAGCAGCUUGUGGCACAGAAGAUUCACAUUGAGGAAAAUGAGGACAGAGACACAGGGUUGGAGCAGAGACACUACAAGGAAGAUGCAGAUUGUGUUAUGGCCAAGGUACCCCUGGGAGACCUUGACCUGUAUGAUGGGACUUAUAUUUCCUUGGAAAGCAAAAAUAUCAGGUAUACCCUCCUCAAUGUAAAUUGCAUUAUCUUCCCUACUGUGUUUUUGUCAAUUGUGUGGGGUGCCACCUCCUAGGGCACCAAUAUACCACCUUUAAACGCACAUGUUCUUUAUGGCUAUGAUAAAUCUGGAACUUUAAAUGCAAUUUUAUUCUUUACCCUAAUAGCCCUGAGGACUAUGUGGAUUCCCGCUCAGCUCUGCCUCCAGACCUAGAAAAGCCGGACUGUGCAAAAGUGUUUGAAUUACCUUAUAGCAUCCAUGCUUUCCAGCAUCUCAGGGUGAGUUAAGAUCAAAUUUUAAAUCGUUUUUUCAAAAUGAAACAUGAAGCAGGCAGAUUUAAACCUCUUUUGAAGAGAGUGGAAUAGAAACAGAGCUUUCCUGGGACUCUUUGUGUUGUUGCUUGAAAUUUUUGUUAUUUUAAAACUGUGAAGCAUAAAAAAACUGUAAAUAUUCCAAACAGAUUAAAUCAUACUUCAUGUAUCUCAUUGUAAUGUGUCUAACUAUGCUUUUAAAAGCAACCCUGUGUUAACAUUAAAGCUUUAAAAUGAUUAAGCGGUACAAGAGCAAAUGUAGUACAGGCAGCACACAUUAUUAGUACCGAAGAGUUAAGUUUGACAGAGAGUAAUGGGGAACUAUUACCCAUUGUCUUGAAAUAUAGACAGCAGUAAGUGUUUUGAUUCAUUUGUCCCUUUGCCUAUCAAUGCCAAUUAAAGAAAUAAUGUUGAGGCAUAGUUAAGUAUGACUAGAGUUCAAAAGCACUAAAUAUCUGAUGAAGGCUGUCUAUUUGCUGUCAAGGACUUUGCAGAUUUGUUUCUAUAAACAGGGAAGCCUUGCUUAUCACUUCAGAUAAACGCAGUUGUGAGUAUCGUAAUUACCUACAGUAAUGACCCUUAGAGCUCAAUGGGAAAUACAAUCUCAAUCCUAGAGGAGGCUGCAGCUGUGUGGUGAUAAACAGCAUCCCAGUGUUGCUGCGACUCUGUGAACAUGUGGCAGAAUUUCUGUUACUGAUUACACUCAGAAGUGUGCUGCCAGUACUGUGGUGUGUAUGAACUUUAUCCUGCACACACUUUUGGCUGUGUUGUGCCCAGUUGGCCUUUUUAAAAUCUUAGUUUUAGUUCUUUGCUUCAUAGAAAGCAGUGUUGUUUGUGUCAAUCAAAUGAAGCUGAGCUGUAUAGGUCCCUGAUCUAAAGUCUAAAGUCAACCCUAUUGAUGAAAAUUUUGUUGUAGCAUUUGCCAAGAUCUUUUGGAAAAAUCAUGUCAAGUCAACAAAGAAGUCUCAAAAAAAGUUAGAAAUAUGUUUGGCAAAUCAACGACACAAAGAGCUGAUAAACUGUCAGAGUGUAAAAACCUGAACCAGUGACACAUUUCUCAGUCAUUCAGUGGCGGCCUCUCCUUCUUUGAUAAGUUAAAAGAUAACAAGCAUGUUACAUUUAUUUGUACAGAGUUACACUUCCACUGUUUACUCUGAGGGUUGGCAUGUUUUUUUUUUUUUUACCUUGAACACUUGUUUACGCAGUGAGCGAUGUACAAAUUACCUUACCUGUGUUCCAACAAAGAUGUAGCACAUGUGUUUGACUAACUGACUGCUUCACCGUCUUGUAACUGACUCAUCCUUUCUCUUUGUUCCAGGGUGUGCAGGAGAGAGCUAACCUGACCUCUCCGCUGCUUUCUAAGGAAGAUCCCAUUUUUAGUUCAUUGUCUCAUAAACUGGGCCGCAGUGUAGAUGAAGUAGGCCAUCGCAUCCAUCAAGGGUUACAGAGGGUGAGGUCUGCUUGCACAGCUGUACAUAGAUACAUAUUAAUGUAGUUUCUCUCUUUGCAGAUAUUGGAGAAGCACUUGAAUGUUUGUAAAAAAUGAAACUGGUUUCAUUAAGCCUUUGGUAUAAGAAUGGAAAAAUGCCCAUCUGCUACAAAAGGGCAGACAUGUGUUGUUAGGAUUUUGUGGAUGUGUAAUUACGUGCAUAACAAAACCGUGUUUUAUUCCUUUAGGGAGUUUUAAAGCAGUGUGCACAUCUUUAUAACUGUUUCAGAACUCAUCAUCCUGGGUGCUCUACAACAUGGCAUCGUUUUACUGGCGCAUGAAGAAUGAGCCUCAGAGAGCAGUGGAUUGUGUGGUGCGUGCUCUGCAUUUCUCCCCAAGGUACUGUCAGACUGCUCAGAGGGCAAUACUCGACUAUUUACUGUGAGAGACUCCUCACAGGUGUUCUAGUUCUCACGUUGAGUGUGUGUUUUUUAUCAAACUUGCAGGCAGCACAAGGAUGUCGCCCUGGUCAACAUGGCUAACAUCCUGCACCGUGCCCACUUCUCAGCAGAUGCUGCUAUUCUCGCCCACGCCGCGCUGGACCUUACCUCCGAUCUAUUCACCAGUCACUACACUCUGGGCAACAUUUAUGCCGUAAGCCAAACAGAAACUAUCACAAUGUACUAUUACACUUAACACUCAGCUGCAUUUGGGCGUUUUGUGAUCGAGGUGAGCAUUUAAAAGUGUGUAUCUAUUAAAAAAAGCUUGCAAAAUAAGACUUUAAAUUGGCAACUACUUUAAAGUGCAAUUAUUCAGUGCUCUUAAGUGUUUAUUAUAUAAACGGUGUAACAUCCAUGGAGUAAUGUUUGACUUUUACCCAGCUGCCCUAAAUUUACAAGCACAAAGCCAUUACCGGUGCAGUUAGAAACCUUACAAACAAAAUCCUGCUGGUCUACUUUUUAUUCCUGUUAUUUAUGUGCCACUGCUGCUCCAGUAGCUCACAGGAGAGUCAUGUGUACUAAAGGUGGUAGCAAAGUUCUUGAUAAGGUUUUUUUACGACCUCACUGACUGCAGUUUAGUUCCAUAUUACCUUAAACACAAACAGGGCGGAUUUCAGCUGUCAGCAGUUUUUUAUCUGACAGAGUAAGAUAUUACAUUCUGAAUGUAAGGGUAUGGUGCAUUGCCAUGUUAAGACCCAUUAGUAACAGGGUUUCUAAAACAAAAAUUAGAAAUGAUAAACUCUUGUUAAAUGCUUCUACCUGUGCGUCUCCUUUGAGUCUGUCCAGGUCUUCGUUUUCCUUACAGCCUCAUUUCUUCAUGAAACAAAUCAGCACACUGUAUCAAUGUUUUGUUUAUAUCCUCUUCUUCUAUCCCUGUUUCACCAGAUGCUUGGGGAAUACAACCACUCAGUGCUGUGUUAUGAGCAGGCACUGCAAGCCCAGCCAGGCUUCGAACAGGCCCUGAGGAGGAAACAUGCUGUGCUUUGUCAGCAGAAGCUAGAGCAGCGCCUGGAAGCCCAGCACAGGUAGGCAAGCAUUCUUGCACACACACACACAUACACAUACACACCCAAAAGGCUGUUUCUGCUGGAUUACUACAUACUGUAAACACAAUCACAACAGUACAGGCAUUAACUUUGAUAUCACAACAAUUCCAAACAUGUCCCAUUGCAUGCAUCAGACUCCUGCUUACCUCUACAUUAGAUCUUGGGUGAGGCUGUUGAAAAAUGUCUCAAAUAUCAGAUUUUAUUCAAGCUUCAGCUUCAUUUUAAAAGUAAUGUUUUGGGAGUUUUUUUGUGACUACCAAGGCUGUGAAUUCAAGUUUCUGGCCUCCCUGCUAUGCAUUUACAGUCCUGCACCUCUAUUCCUUACCCUUAUAUUUGUAGAUCCCUGCAGCGGACCCUGAACGAGUUAAAGGAGUACCAGAAGCAGCAUGACCACUACCUCCGCCAGCAGGAGGCCCUGGACAAACACAAGCUGCUGCAGGAGGAGCAGAUUCUGCGUAACAUUAUCCAUGAGACCCAGAUGGCCAAGGAAGCCCAGCUUGGUAUGAAAGCAUGCUCAUAAAAUGGAGAACAGCUAUAACAGAUCCAAAGUGUUCUCAAAAAUCUUAACCUAAAAAUAAUGAAUUGCUUUAGCCAGUCAAAACUAUCCUAACUUUUGCUGGCUGCGAGUUAAAAGUAAUGUGAUUGUAUGGAAGCAAACUUCCUAUAUAAGCUGUUCAAUAAGAUUUACGGUCCUAAUAAUUUAGUCAUGUUCUUUAUGGUUAUUGCUGCAAACAUGUCUCAAUUAGAUGGCUAAACAGCCCUUUAGACUCAUUUGUCAUUAUGCGGUGCAGGGAACCAUCAGAUGUGUCGCCUGGGUCAACAGCAGCGCAGCCUUUACUGCCCCUUUGACCUGCCUGUGCGCUAUCACCGCGGGGAUCUGUUUGAACAUGUUCACUACGUCCAAGUAAGUCUUGCGAGACGUUACUGAGUUCAAGUUUGUCUUACAUCAUGAAAAGUAAAGAGAAGCAGACAGUUUCAAAACAAUUCAAUUCAAUGAAAGGAGAUGUCAGUGCGUGUUUGUCAGCUGAGGCAAACAAACAGAACAUUUCCAAAGAAAGCUCUUCAGUUCCUGUUUCUCUCUUCUUUCUUGUUUUCUCUACGAUCAUAGUUUGGUGAGGAGAUGUCAGUCGCAUCCAGUGUGGCUUUAGUGUCAGAGCGCAACUCAAACCAAACAGCAAAAAGCCCUCAACUUCAUCCCUCUGUAUCCGGUGACCAGGACCCUGCUGCUGCUCUGUGGGGUAGUCAACAGGAUUACGCACAGGCAAGACUGAGAGCUCUAUUUCUGCUGUUGUCUGUAGUUGGAUUCAGUUUUUGCAGACUACCUCAACUAUGAAGAAUAAAGAUAUACAUGUUAUCCAUAAAGCCAACACACUUUCAACAUUGAAGCUAUGAUCGUAAAAAAGGUUGCUGUCUGUGUUUUUGUCUUGUGUGUGAGUUGAAGGAGAGCCAGAGUGGUUUGAGAAAACAACCCUGGGACAUGAACACAUUUAGACUAUUACUCAUUAGAGUCCAAAGUUUUUAGAACUCUAAUUGGAAUAGAUUAAAAAGCUGCAUGAAUUAUUUGGCUUACCUUUAUUCUCUUGAUAAUUGAUGGGCAAAUAUGAAACUGAACAGAAUAGCAUGUUGGCAUUAGUAUAACAGAGGGAGCUUUAGUUUUUAAAGUUAUUUUUGACAUCAGCUGUUGCUGUUUUUCCCCAAAAUGACGGGUGCACUAAGCUGUUAACCACAGUGCAUACUGUUCAUACCUUCUCUGCUUAUAGAAAAGGUCUUUCUGCUGUUAUGUCAUUUACACUCCAGUUGUUUUAGAUCAUUUUCACUGUUUUUUUUCUCUUAUUUUUCUCCAAUAGUUGGUAAAUGUCUUCAUGAGAAAAAGCCUGACGGUUUCAGUUUUGUAACAAGAUUGUGUGUUUUGGUUGUAGGACAUACAGCACAUGUUGUGGCCUCAAAGGAGUGAAUGUGCCAACAAGUAUCCGAACGUUCCCCCUUCCCACCUGCUACCAACCUUCUACCUUCCACCUGAAACCCAGGGCCUCAGGUCAGAAUGUUGAACAGAUACUUUUAGGGUGCGAGCAGCAGCAUCAAUAACCUUGAUUUGAAAUUUUUAAAAAGUACUUUUCACUCUGGUUUGAAGUUUCCCAGAAGGAUUUCUAUGACUGCAGCAUGCAUUAGAGCAACACAAACUGAAUCUAGGUUAAAAAAAAGACUGCUUGCAGUUUCAGUUUCACACAUUAAAAUAUUGUGUUUAAUUCAUGUGUACCUGCAGCCCUGUGGCAACUGUCCUUUACGGGAGCAGCAGUCCUCCUCAGACAGUAGCUGUGCCAGACUGCGGCCCCGUACCCCAACCAUAUCCAGCCCUCCUGCCUGCCUCGCUAGACUGGCCUCUGGAAGAAAAGGAGCUGCCAGAUCUCUUCGCCUCCCAGGUAUCUGUCUGCCUGUCAGUGAAAAUGUGGGUCUGAUUUGAAUAAGAACAUAAUGGAGACCGAUGGAUUACAUCUGCAGUGUGUUUACAGAAUCUCUCUGCCCUGACUUUGUGUGCUUUUGUUUGAGUGUUCCCUGACUUAAUGUGACACAGUAAUGAAGGAUAUGCAAUCUUAAAUAGAUCAAUGUGUUGCAGAUACUGCAGUCACGCAGCGGAGGAUGGACCCUGGAACAGAUUGGCUCUAGAAUAGCUCAAGCUAUGAAACAAGUAAGAAUGCUGCUCAACCCUUUGGCUUCAUGAAACCAAAACAUACCUCACCCACUACCUCAUGUGAAGUGCCUGCAAGUCUAAAACUAUUAAAAAUGAUAAAUAGUACUUUUUGUUAUUGUGCAAUUUAACGACCUUUUGAUAGAAAUAACCGGACCAGUAUUCCUCAGCAUGUGAUUUGAGUGUUUGGAUUAGCCGUCUCAUAUUCUGGAUUAAAACAUGGAAAGCUUUGCCUUCAACUAUGAAUUUGUUCAGUUUUAUUAAUGAAAUGAUGGUUGAAAAAGGGGUUGGCUCAGUUUCCAAUUUUUGAGUUAAUUCAGUCAGUUAAAUGGUGCAAAUGGCCUCAAGCUCCCAUCUUUAAAUGAGAAUCAAAUGACACUUCACUCCAAACUAGACUUGUCUGCAGUUCUAGUGUGCUAAAUCCAUACAAUGUUGUCUAUUUUAAGGGCUAACGGAUCCUUGUUUGUUUGUAUAGGCCACUGUGCCCCGCUGGCAGGUACACAAUGAGGCGGCUUUGUACUGGCGAGCAAAAGGCAACGGCAGUCUUGCCCUGCAGUGUCUGCGCCAAGUGUUGAGCUCAGCUCCGCCCUCCCACCGCCACUUGUCCCUCACCAAUGCUGCCAACUUGCUGCUACACCAUGGAUUGACUGACCAUGCAGAAGCACUUCUGGAGCAAGCAUUGGCGCUCAAUGCAUCAGAGGUAAAGGCAUGAGUGUAUUUUCACGCUCUUGCACUGUAGUACAUGUACAGAUUUUACUGUUAUUACCAGUAUUGCAGGUAAUGAAAAUACUCAGAAAUCCAUCUAUAAAUCAGAUCUUUGAAUAUCUUACAGAAAGGAGGAUUAAGAAAAAACAGGGAUUUAAGGCUGAAAGUAAUGAGGAGGGCAAAGUUGCAAAAAUUUCUGUUUGCACAGGACAAGGUUAUCUAAGUUGACAUGCCUCGAACAAAAUGUACAAUGACCACAACAGUUUACAGCCUGACUAUUUGACACAUAGUUCUAUUUGGCGCCUUACAGUUUGCUGAAUGUCUAAGUGAAUCUUAUACAUUCAAUAUUACAUCAAAUCAUAUUAUGAAAAAAAGCAUUAUCAAUGUCAAGAUUAUUUUAGAAGCUUAAAUAUAAUUCAGCCUCCUCAAAUUGCUUGUAGACCUUACACAUUUCAACUCGAAACAGGACCUUUGAGGGAAUUACAGUGGCCCAUAAUGUGCAGGAUAAGCAAGACACUCUUGAAUCAGAAAGGACUGAAAUCAAUAGGGAACACUUCCAACAUCUUGUUCAGUCAUGCUUUAAGAAUCAGGGGCCUGUUGGAGUUAGGAAGGGCUUUAUUGAAUCAAAUGACCUUAAGUGAACAGUGCAAAUACCACAGCUAGAAUCCAUGUGAUAUCCUGAGCUGGAACAUUUUUAUUGGUAAAUUUCAAAUAAUGAUAAAUGACUCUCCAGAAGUCAAGCACUGUUUGUUUGGUAUAUCCGUGUAGGAUGAGCACACGUCUGUUUAAAGUGAGUUUUUUUUACCUUCGCUUCACAUUAGCUAACGUUCCCCUGUUGUGUUUUGUUCAGCCCCACACCCAGCUCAGCCUGGUGAGCGUGCAGUUGGCCCAGGGCAAUGUGACAGGUGCUCUGGCAUUGUUCCGCCACAUCCUGGUGACGGCCCUUUCCUCCUCCUCCUCCUUUUCAUCCCUCGCUGGCUGUGAACAGUGUCGCACCAGCCUGCCUCUGCUGCGCUGUCUACAGUUCUACCCCUUCCUUUACAAUCUUUCACACAGACCACCCUGCUCAGGUAAGUGGAUGAAAACACACACAUCCACUUCACUUCAGACUUAUUUUAGUCCUUACACUAGCACACUCUGAUUUUUGUUACAGCAAGGAACGAAAGUGCGUAUUAGGAUUGAGGUUUUCACAACAUUAGCAUUAUUCCUGGGGUAAAGUUUAAAGGGCUUCUGUAAAAUGUCUGGCAGCUUUUUAAGAAGUUUUGUAUAAAGCUUCAAAUUGCAUCACUCAACCAUGUCUGAGCAAGAACCUUAAGUUUAUGUUGGCUUCACAACACAAACCUCUUUGUUAGUUAAUCUUGCCAUAUUCAACAAACAUGUAGGGACAGUAAAGAUGUGAUGUGAUUUUCUGAACUUUUCCAGCUGUAUUGGCAAAUUCUCAUUUAUGUGUCAUUCAGAAGGGAAAAUAUGAAUACAAGUCCCGCCUUACCUUUUUUCUUUUUUUAUUUUGGUUCGACUUCAUCUAAAGGUUUAUAAAUAUCUUUGGAAAACCAAAAAGAUUCAGAAAAAUCCAGAUUUUCUUUGAACUUAGCUACAAAAAGAAAAUCUUUUUAAUGAGGCUUGUAAUUAUUCUUUUGAGCUCUUCUCUCGUACUCUACCUACUUGCUGUGUUUCACUGGAAAUGAAUCAGACGUGGGAUUAAAAUACGCUCUGCCGUGAAGUGCAGCCAUGUUUUUCAACCAUUUUAAUCUCAAAUCUAGGAAGCUUUCAUAUUGUCCCUUGAAGUUGCAUGAGUACCUAUGAGGAACAAGUACGAUAUUGUCCUCCUGGUAUGAAUAGAAACCGCGCCUUCUCCUUUAUUCAUAUCAGCGGGAGCGGAGAGAAAAGUGCUUUGAAGUGGAGAAAUUUGGCCACUAAAUUAUUUAGGCAGCAGAAAAUAGCUGAAGCCAAAUUUAGAGGGGUCUAUAUUUUACCCUCCAAAGCUAAAUAUUGCUCCCAUAAAGCACACUGAGUACAUGAGGUCAAAGAGGCACUUUUGAAACACACACAUAAGUGAGGUCACCGAGAUUGAAAUAUAUUAAAAAAAGUUGUUGAAUUUUUGGUGGUUACAGUCCUUCCCACAUUUUGAAUCGUGUUUGGAGUGUGAAAAAGUUUUAAGAGCGUGUGAAAAAUACAACUUAACAUUUUUAAAUUCAGUCUUGGAAAAGGGUUUACGUCUUUGCUUAAUUAACAGCAUUUGCUAUGAAGAAUCCCCGUUCGCUAACCGAGAGGUGAGAGGGAAACAGCAGCCCAACAAAGCGCCACUUAUCUUUCCUGUCUUUUCACCUAUAGAGUUGUUUCAUUUGGUUUGAACAGGUCUCUCAUAACUGCCGCAAGUCGUCAUUUACACUAAGAAAGUUCCAAAUCGAUGCCACCGAGUUCCACGAGAUCAAAUCCCAAACCACUGAUUUGUUUUUGACGACAGAAAACAAAUAAAGUUGUUGCCCCAAAAGUUUGUAAUAGGAGAUUGGUCGCUGAUGUAAAACCUUUUAUCAUCUGGAUCUGGUUUCAGCCACCGUAUCGCUCAGUGUCAGAGUGAUAACAGAAGCCGUACUUUAAGAGAACGCAUCCAAGGUUACGUCUUCAAUUCAAAGUAAUUAUCGAAGGUGCCUUUGUAACCUCUUCUUUUCAAUUAUGGUUACACAAUCUCCCACAUAAGUGCAAGAUAACUUCAAAUACUCUGCGGAAUAAUUUCACUACAAUAAGACCUUCAACAGAUGGAAACCGUGUUUGAAAAGUAGAUUUUACAUCCUUUUGUGAAAUUAUGAACACAUAUUUUUUCCCAAAUGAGUCUCUGCUCUAAGUGUUUGACCAGGUUAAAGUUUGGAUUAUGAGUGUUGAUUUUAACCUGAAUAUCCUUGACCCAGAUGGUGACCCCUGCAUGACUGAGGAGGACCUUGGUAUACAGCUGGAGGAAUGGGAAGGCAGUGAAGAGAAGCAAGAUGCAGCAGCCAUAUCAGCUAUAGAGGACUCACUGCUCUUUGAGAGUAAGAAUAUGAUAUGGCGUCAGCUUGACUGCAAAGUGAAAAUAAAUCCAGUUUACUUUAUCCCAAGAGAGUGUGGUCCAAGGAAAUUACUGGGUAUAUUACUGGGCUCUGUAUAGUUUCAUGUGUGCCAAAAUUGAUGCUCCCACCAGCAUGGACGAGACUUUGUUGUUUGUAUGAUUUGACAGAUUUAUUUAAACAAGAGUUUAUCUGAUCACUGUUUGGUACAUGGGUAUCUCGGGAACCUGAGGUGAAUGAACUUUAUUUAUUGACAUGAUAGCAGCAUUUUUGUGAGUUAGGAAAUUUCAUUCAGACUUUGACCUCAUUAUUCUUACAUCUGCUGGAAACAAAAUCAGAGACAGCCCCACCCCCACCCCUGUACUUCAACAUUUUUCUUGUGUACAUUGUCAUUUAUUUCUUGUGCUCAUGCCUGUUCCUCUAACUAUCUUCAGAGGUUAUCUUGGACAGCAAUGGGUCGGGUGAAGCAGCUGGACAGCAGCAGUCUUCUCCCCCUCCCUCAGGAUCGGCGAAAAUGGCCUCCUCAUUGGGAAGUGGAGGAGUAGAAGGGGAGGAGGAGUGGCAGUUAAAAGAGGACCUGAUGGGCGCUUUUGGGGGAGCGCUGGAUGUUGGAGGGAAACGAGGGGACCUAAGAGGUAUCCGGGUGCUGAAGAAUGAUCGUGUCAUGGGUGCCCGUGCGGGUGGUGGGCCCUGUUUUGGAAACUGUGAGGAUGAUGAAGGGGCUGAGUGGGUAAGCAUCAGUGCAGGAGCCAAGUUAAAAUCACCACAAAUUGACAUGUUGAUUGGGCUGAUGUUUUUAUGUAGCUGUACUCAAACCGUGGUUGGCUAUUGUUUUUCAUUAGAUCACCUUCCAGGUAAAGCGAGUCAGGAAGGCCAAGGUUGACGGGACGGAGAGCGUUGCCAGUGCUGAUGAUAGUCAGAUCGGGGAGAUGUUGCCUGGAGGACACUCUGUCUUAGAAAUAAGUGGGCCAACUAUCCCAUCCCCUGGCCCUUCAGGUACCUCACCUACCUGCAUCACAUUUCCCUCCACCAGUGUAAACGCAUGGAAAGUACUGAGAGCCGUGUCUUUUGUGUUGCUUUUCUUAACUCCAGGUCGCUGGAGGGAUUACACAAGUCUUGGCUGGCCUGGACCAGAAGAGUGCCAGCGGACACGAAGAGUAGACCUCACCACCGUAGCUAGCACCUGGCUGGCUGUGUCUGCCAAGAACAUUGAGUAAGCUCUUGUGGUCUUGACUAGGGUCAAAUGUUAUUUCUUGCUAAACCAUAACAGCUCAGUCCAAAAAACUUCAGGAUGUGGGUCCACGAGUAAAGUUGCUAUCUUGCUGAAAAUUUAUCUCUCAAACACUGACCUUGUACAGAUUGUAAGUUGGGAAUUUACUUUUUGAAAUUGGGAAAGUUGCAUUUGAAAAAUUAUGUUUAAAACUUUUGAUAGUAUGUACAAACUUUAAUUUGUUGUGCUUUAAUUUAGUAACCAUUGGAUUUUGAGGAAAAGUAAAUAAAAGGAGAAAUGCCGCUGCCAUGUUGAUAUUUGCUGUCACAGAGCAAAAAUCAUUUAUUCUUUUAUUCAAUCCCUUUUUUUGUUUCAGCAUUACAGAGCACAUAGACUUUGCCACUCCACUCCAGGAGCCAGCUGCUGAACCUUUGUGUAACGCAAACUUAGCUGCCAGUAUGCACACCUUGGACCACCUGUCUGGAGUUGCCAAUCGAGCCGCCAUCCAUUACACCGGAGAGAGCCAGCUGCGGGAGGUAGGCUGAAGCAGAAGGCACCCUGUAGAUUUUUUAAUGAGAGCAAAAGACGUGUUGAAUACUCACCCAGACAUACAUGAAAACAUUGAAGGUUGAGUUUCAGCUGUACAGGGCUUCUCUUAAAUGAAAACACUCCCAGAUUGAUGUCGCUAAUUUCAGACAUUUUAACUACAUAUGAACUUAAACUGGCACAACAGAAACAAUCAGGGGACAGGUUCACAGCAACUGAAAUCUUGAACUAAGUAGAAGUUUAAUAGCCAAGAUAACUUAGAAAAUGCUGCAUGUGCAUUAUUAUCCACACAUAGACAAAAGCCAGGUGGGUUUUCCAAGUAUAACCAGAUCAUUAAUUUCAAUGACCUCUUUUUACUCUCUGCACCUUUCAUCUGAAAAUCUCCAGUGUUUGACAUAUACUUUGCAGAUCAUAGAGAGAUUUUCUCCAGUAUAUCCCUCCUAUUCAUGCACUGACAGAGAUGUCACAUGUUGAGAUAACAGAAACAUUAGUGACAGAUUUCAAAACCUGAAAUAUGAUGGAAUUUUACAUGAUAAUUUUGCAAUUAACAUUUUGCAUGUUUCACUUUUUUUUCAAACCCUCAGGUCUUGCAAAACCUGGGCAAAGAUAAGUUUUCCCCACAGUCUUUUGAGCAAGUGGGAACACGCAUUGCUAAAGUCCUGGAGAAGGUAAGGGCGCUGAUGUUCUCCUGCUAGUAGAAAUACUUCUGCAUUCAAAAAGUAAAUGUGUCAACAGUCUUGAUGAUCACUUCAAGGCGCCGUAACAAUGAAUGUCUGAAUAAAUACACAAACUUUUGACAGAUUUUAUGUCUUCAUGGAGUCAAGAUCUUAUUCUUGGUAUUCCCUAAGUCAAGAGUCAGCUGACUUUAUAAAUACUUGUGUUUAUGUGAAUAGCAAAACAGCAAAUGUACCUUUUUGUGCAGUUUGAAAGCUCUUUAGAUUGCAGUGACACUUGUUCAUCAGACAUUGAGAGCUCUCCUGCCAUGGCGUUUCAGAAAAUUCUUAAAGGACAGAAAAAGCUCCCUGUUUGUCUAAUUGUUGUUCAUUGUAAAACUGUGAAACAAAUUGCUUGUCUGUAGGAAAGAAAUUAUUAGAGCAAAGUGCCAUCUCUGUGUAUAAUUUAUCACUAGUAACACCCAGCUAUUGUAACACCUCGAUUUUACACUCGAUAAGAUUUUGAAUCUGCAUUCAAACAGAAUCAGACAUCCUGGGUUUUAUCCAGCAUGGCUGCACUGUACUGGAGGGUAAAAGGUCAAGGAAAGAGAGCCAUCGACUGCCUGAGACAGGCCCUCAACUAUGCCCCUCAUCAGAUGAAGGCAAGUCAGACAUAUACUGUGUUAAUACCAACAAUAAACCAAACUUCAGGGAGCAAAGUUUAAACCUGGAAACAACGAUCACUAAAUCCUCCUGUUCUUAUAAUCUGUGACCCAGGAUGUUCCCCUGAUCAGCUUGGCCAACAUCUUCCAGAACGCCCGUCUAUGGGGGGAUGCUCUCACAGUUGCCCGUAUGGCAGUAGAAAUCGCCCCACACUUUGUCGUGAACCACUUUACUCUCGCCAACGUCUAUAUCGCAAUGGUAAGGACAGCUUUUAAUUGAUUUUUGAGCAUUUUUACAGUACUGUCCUCAGAGUCACUUGCUGCAGGUCAUGUGUCUGUGUAGUGAUGUGAUUUUUGUUUCCCAUGACAACAGGAGGAGUUUGAGAAAGCCAUGCGCUGGUACGAGUCCACUCUGAAGCUGCAGCCAGAAUUUGCCCCCGCCAAAGAUCGACUAAGAACCAUUCAGUGUUACCUGCUCACCAAGAGGGAACGCCGUCAGCCCUGAACUAACAAAUCUGAGCGUAGAAGUACUCCACAAUCAUACACACACCAGAUAACAAACACACACACACACACACAGACAUGCACACACACACACUCAUCUGUAGACCACAGACGACUUGCACAGAAUAGCAGUGUAAGCAAAUAAAACGUGGUUAGAGAUGAGAUAUUAAGAUUCAUAUCCAGGAGAAACUGGGUACUUUUUCUGUUGAAGAGCCAGCUCCCCAAAGAUUUAGAUUUUACUAGUACAACUGUAGAUAAUUUACCCUCAUUCUCAUCUUUAAAUGCAGGACCUCUUGUUGUUUAACCAUCAAGAAGUUAAGACAGCCAAACUCAGACUAUUUCAUGUUUGCUUAACUUGCAAUAAAUGGAGGGGGGGUUGAAAGUGAAUGAUACUGUAAAGUUUCGGUUAAUUAUUUUUGCAAUAUUUUGAUUAAAAAUCUGGGCUAAUUGGAGGAAAAAGCUCAAAUUUACAUCAUUGUUAAAUGUUUUUAAGCAUUUUUGUUCCAAGAGUUUCCAUCAGGUGGGUUGGUAAGAAUAAUAACAUACUCACGCCUGAAGAUGGCGCCAUGUUUCAUUUAAACUUAACUGGAUAUUCAAAAUGAACCAAAUUUUUACAUAAAUUGUUUAAGUUAUUCUGAGAUGGUCAGUUAUCUGCCUCCAAACUCAGAGGUUAAAAGAGUUUUAACUACAAUCUACAUCUCAAUGUUUCUGCUUCAUCAAAUGAAUGGGAAUUCUUAGUUUUUGCACUUUUUAUUUCUAUAUCAUUCCUAUUUAUAUGGGACCUACAAACUGUCUGAUUUUGCUCCAAGGUAACUUAAAUACAAAAGAGAGAAAUUGAAAUAAGCUAUCACUUUUUGCUUCUUAAGUUAUGGAAAACAUAAGGCAGAAAAAGGAUUCGCCAUUGCUUUCUAUAAAAACUCUCAAAGUGGAAUCUGUAUUAAAUGUACAGUAUUAAAGGCAGUGUGUGGAUUUCAUUGUUUCUGUCCUCUGCGUUAAUUCUUUGGCUCUUCGGGAAAUAAAAAACGGUGUGGGCUCAUCAAA